AGGCCCAUGCUGCCUUCGCCCUUCUCCCGGAAACUCUGUUCCUCACCGUCAACCUUCUCGACAGGUACUGUUCCAAGAGGGUCGUGUACAAGCAGCACUACCAGCUUGUCGGGUGCGCCGCGCUUCUCAUUGCCGCCAAGUACGGGGACAAGAAGGAUCGCGUCCCUCAGAUUCACGAGCUCAACAACAUGUGUUGCGGACUCUACGACGCUGGCAUGUUCACUCAGAUGGAGAUGCAUGUGCUCAACACGUUGGAAUGGACGAUUGGUCACCCAACCGUGGACUUCUUCUCGCAGCUAAUUGUGGCAGAGGAGCAUGACAGGGUCGAGGUUGAACACAUGGCCGCAUACAUUUGCGAGAUUGCCUUGUACCACCGCGAUUUCGUUUCAUCAAAGCCCUCGGUCAUGGCGCGCUCAUCACUAGCUCUAGCCCGCGCCAUCCUCGGUGAGCCCGAGGUCAACGACGGCGAGUGGGAUCACGUCGACAACAUCACGCUGCUGACUCUCUCUCAACACCUUCACCAGCCCUCCGUCGCCCUGUCCAGAAAAUUCUCCGCGCCUCACUUCUCCGGAGUAGCUAAGAAGCUGGCGUCGUUCAUGGCUCACCAGGCCAACAUGGCUCGCGCCCAAGCCCAAGCAGGCCCGCCGUCUCCUCCUUCGGACCACGCUACUAAGCAUGCCGACAUCUACAGCACUCCGCAGAAGGGCCACGGCGCCGUCCAAGGCAUGGCCGAUGGCUACAUGACCCCUCCCAUCACACCCGACGGGCACGCUUUCGUCAACGCUCCAAAGGAUACGUAUCCAAUGCCGCCACGGUGCCCGGUUACCCCCACGCCGCAACCUCAACAUUCUGCGUACGUGUCACAACACAUGAUGCAACAGCACUACGCGGCGUACAUGCAUCACGACACAACGGGGCAGAUGGUCUAG